CUCCCCCAGUCCUCCUCCUUCUCUUGGGCUACUUCGCCAGAUGGUGCAGUCUUUUCUUUUGUUUACCCAUCGCCCCUGAGUUUACCUAACUAACCCUAGCGACGAAACUAUGCAAUCUUCCCGAGAAGCAUCACCGCUGGACACCGACAAGUAACAUGCCUGGGAAAAGAGUGACACCAGGAUGGGACUGAUAGCAAGGUUGUGUCAAAACUGAGGCCUGAAUCUCACCCAUCUGCUGCAUUUUGAACUGCUGCUCAUUUUUUCGAAGCAAACUGAUAGCACACAGUCAUUCAGUAUGCUUUUUGUUCUUUCAUGAGCAGAAAACAAGCACUUAAAAUGAGAAAUUGAAAUUUACCCCAAUCAAUGGACAAAAGAAGGUUUCCUGGCACCAUGUCCAGACAAAUGGAUGCAUCAUCCAAGAGGCGCCCCUGUGGUGGAAGUGGACUGAACUUCCCCCAGCCUCCCCAACCGUCAUCUUCCUCCAUCCAGUAUGGUCGUAUUCAGGCUGUGGAGGUGGCAAGAGGGAGAACGGGGUAUGGUUUUACACUGUCAGGCCAAAGCCCCUGUGUCCUCAGCUGCAUCCUCAAAGGAAGCCCUGCAGACUAUGUGGGGUUGCGUUCAGGUGACUACAUUCUUUCUGUCAAUGACAUAAAUGUCUCUAAGGCAUCCCAUGAAGAUGUGGUCAAACUGAUUGGACGCUGCUCUGGUGUUUUGAAACUUGUCAUUGCUGAGGGAGAGCGUCACAGGCGCCACCAUCAUCAGCACACCACUGGGAGUCGCCACCAGGGCAACAAUGCAAUGGCGGCAUCUUACCUUGACUCAUGCUCUAGUGAUGAUGAGCUUGAUGGUUUCUAUAAUAACAGUGUUAACAACAACAAUAACAGCAGGUCAAACUGUGGAGCCCGCGGAGGAUGGUACAACCCCAAACUGGAUUCAAAGCAGCUGGGCAUCAACAGAGCAGAGAAGGUGGUGGCAGAGUUACAAUCUGGAGGAAUCUUUAGCAUGAUCUUUGAGAACUCCAGCCACUCUUCCAGCAGCUCAGACAAGGACAGGCCCGGGGUUAGCUCUACGUCAAAGCCGCGUCCACUUUCCGAUCCAGAGUUGACUCCAUAUCAGAAGUCCUCUUGUUCCCAGAGCAACCCCAACCUUCUCUCCGAGGAAGAGAUGGCCCAGGUCCUGAAUGAUGAUUCAGUUUUCCUGGAGUCUGACUUUAGCCAUCUCCACCUUCACCACCAUGAAGAGCAAGAUGUGGGCGUAGGAGAAGCAGGCGACUUUGGCCUGGAGCCCAGUGAAGGUAUCCUCAACGUGGGGAUGAUUGUUGGCUAUCUUGGCUCCAUUGAGCUUGCCUCCACAGGGACAAACCUUGAGAAUGACAGUCUGCAAGCCAUCAGAGGAAGUAUGAGGCGGCUCAGAGCUGAACAGAAGAUUCAUUCAUUGGUCCUCAUGAAGGUCAUGCAUGACAGUGUGCAGCUGUGCAGUGACAGAGGUCAGGUCUUGGCCACCUAUCCUGCAGAAAAACUUGCUUUCAGUGCCUGUUGUCCUGAUGAUCGGCGAUUCUUUGGACUGGUCACGAUGCAAGCUACAGACGAUGAUCGGCGAUUCAACAAUGGACAAGAUGAAGAGGGGGGUUUGAGGACUUCAUGCCAUGUUUUUAUUGUGGAUCCAGAAUUGUGUCACCACCAGGUCCAUAUGGGGGUCGCCAGGAGGUUUGGCUUCGAGUGUACCCCUGAUCCAGACACAGGGGGCUGUCUGGAAUUCCCCUUCAGUUCUCAGCCUCUUCUUCAGUUUGUUUCUGUCCUCUACCGGGAUAUGGGAGACAAUAUUGACGGGGUUCGGGCUCGUGCUUUUCAUGACCCCGACAACGAUGCUCAGCAGAACCACAGCACCAGCAGCAACAGUGACAGUGGGAUAGGCAACUUUUUACCGGAAGAGAAGAGCAACAGAGUGCUUUUAGUUGACCUCGGAGGCCCUCCCAGUUACAACCACGUCUCUGGUUCACGCCAGUGGGACAGCCCACCCUCGUCCCAGCAAGCUUGGAGCCCAACCUUCGGAGCUGCAGCCUCUCAUCCUCCUCCUCCUCCACCUCCUCCUCCGAUGCUGAGAAAUGGCCACUACCGUCCUGAUCCUCACCUUGCUGACCUCCCUCACCCUCUCCCUUUGGCUCACCCUGAUGUCUCUGGCAGGCAUUCACGAGGAGUCCACCCACACCGCUACUCAUCAGGAAAGCAGGGAGGAGCUGUUGGGGGUGGAGAAAGAAGAGGGGCUUUUGGAGCAGUAGGGGUGGAACCACAGCGGUGGCUGCCAGUCCAUGUGCUGAGAGACUGGCGCCAGCAGCACCACCGCAGCCACCUCCAGGGUCUGAGCAGCGAUCAGGAGUCCUAUGCUGAAUCCACUGACGGAUGGUCAUCAGCCAAUUGCAGCACCCUGCCUCCACCCAUGAAUAAGAUCCCAGCCGACCGCUAUCGGGCCCCGUUGGCCCCUGGAGACCACAUGCAGCCACCUGGUGGAAGCAAACCUCCACCUCAUACGCAUCCCCACACCCACCGGCUGGCAGUUCAGAAAGAUGAGUGGGCUAAGAAGCUGUUUGGUUCAGAAGACAGAGAGAGGACUGGAGCUAGGAGAAGUGAAAGAGAGAAGAAACCGAGAGGGAAUUCAAAGGAGGGAGAGAAAAAAGGUGGCCGGUUCCGCGGUUUGACGAUGGGAUUUCCUCCCCUCCCUCAGCGCUCCUCAGCCAGACGCUCUUUUGGACGCUCCAAACGCCUCAGCAUGGCCCGCUCCCUGGACGACUUGGAGUCUGCUGCAGUCUCUGAUGGAGAACUGAACAGCGUGGAGCUGCAGGGCUGCAGCAGUGACAACAGCCUGAACAGUAAUGCAAGCCUGCCCAGCGUCCAGAGUCACCGGCGCCACACUGAGAGGAGAGUGGCCAGCUGGGCCGUCAGCUUCGAGAGGCUGCUGCAGGACCCUGUGGGAGUCCGCUACUUCUCGGAGUUUCUAAAGAAAGAGUUCAGUGAAGAGAAUAUUCUCUUCUGGCAGGCCUGUGAAUUCUUCAGCCAUGUUCCCGAGAACGACAACAAGCAGCUCUCUCAGCGUGCCAGAGAAAUCUACAACAGCUUCCUGUCCAGUAAAGCUACAACGCCGGUCAACAUAGACAGCCAGGCUCAGCUUGCUGACGACAUCCUCAAUGCACCAAAACCUGACAUGUUUAAAGAGCAGCAACUGCAGAUCUUCAACCUGAUGAAGUUUGACAGCUACACUCGAUUCCUCAAGUCUUUGCUCUACCAGGAGUGUAUGUUGGCAGAGGUGGAGGGCAGGCCAUUACCUGACCCUUAUCACAUCCCCAGCAGCCCCACCUCCAAACACAGCACCACCGGCUCUGACCGCUCCAACCUCUCCACACCCAAGAAGGAGGACAAAAAGAGCAAAUCGGGUCGAUCUUUAAAUGAGGACAGUCGCGAUGACUCAGGAGACCGGAGGAAAGGCAUGUUCUUUUCAUGGUCUCGCAACAGGAGUUUCGGCAAAGGCCCCAAGAAACGAGAGCUGGCCGACUUCAGCUACAAUUUCUCUGGCAGCAAUGGUCGUCGUGAGUCCCAGGGUUCGCUGUCUUCAGGAGCCAGUCUUGAACUGGGGACGUCAGGGUUGGGAAGGAAUGAGGGUGAUACUUGUCGUAGUGCAGUGUCAGAGAGAGGAGGAGGCAGCGCCCCCUUGAGGCAGUGUAACAUAAGCCUGCCGGAUGGCUCGUGUUGCUCUGUGCCGCUGAGAGCCGGAGUGUCCAUCAGAGACCUGCUGCAGGGUCUCUGCGAGAAGCUCUGCAUCAACCUGGCAGCUAUAGACCUCUUUUUAGUCGGAGGGGAGAAGCCACUUGUUUUGGACCAGGACUGUAUGACUCUAUGUUCUCGGGACCUCAGACUAGAAAAACGUACUCUCUUCAGACUUGACCUGGUCCCUAUCAACCGUUCAGUGGGUCUUAAAGCUAAACCCACAAAGCCAGUGACAGAGGUCCUCAGGCCUGUGGUUGCCAAAUAUGGCCUGCAUCUCUCUGAUUUGGUGGCAUGCAUCAGUGGGGAGUCAGAGCCUUUAGAUCUAGGGCUUCCUAUUUCCAACCUGGACGGGUUGCGAGUGGUAUUAGAUAUAGCAGAAAGUACUCCUGGAAAAGACAAACAGAAAGUAGCCCCCUCUAAGCCUCAUCUUCCGGCCUCUACAAGCAGAAACCAGUCAACAACAGGGGAGGACAGGCCAUCAAGGAAAGCUGGUUCAGCCCACCCUCGUGGGGAAAACGGCAAGAGUGGGCCCAGCCCUGACACAAGCACCCAGCUCUUACCCAACCACUCUGUCUCUCUCCAUAAGGCUCCGGAGAAAAGAAAGCAGAAAAAGAUUAAUAUAGACGAAGCUGAAGAGUUCUUCGACCUCAUAUCCAAAGCUCAGAGCAACCGAGCAGACGACCAGCGAGGCCUGCUAAACAAAAGCGACCUGCAGCUUCCAGACUUUCUGCGCCUGUCACCAGUGGCAACUAACCAGACUGCACCUCCUCCAUAUGACUCAGAGCCUACUUGCUCCACCCCUAACUCCCAUAACCCGAACAACGGCAGCUUCCCUAGCAGCGGUCGCCGGGGCAACAAGGCAAACAGCAACAACCGGGGAAGUUUAGGCAGCACACACUUGCUCAGUGCGAGCCAUCAGUCCCAGAGCUUGGACUCUGCACUCGGCACAGAGAGUGGAGCAGGCAGGAAAGCCAAACCGCCUCCACCAUUUCCUGGCACCAUCUCCCCCAUCCAUCCAGCCCAUUCCCCCCGGCAUAAUCUCCUCCAGGACUCUGGUAGGGGCGAAUCAGUCCAAAUGCUGGAGGAGGACACCUUGUCUGAUCUGACUCUUGUGGGAGAAGGUGACAUUAACAGCCCCAACCUCAACUAUGUCACUCCCUCCGCACUACCGUGCAAACCUUACCCCCGACCCCAACAACAAGCACAGGACGGUCGGCCUAGCUCAGGUACUUCCCCCGUGUGAACUCUUCAAACUGUUGAACUUUCACCUCUUCCUUCAUCUGACUGCAAGUGGGGGCUGGAGACCUACUAAAGUCUGUUUGAAUUUCUGCUUUGGCCUCUCUUCAUCUGAGGCAGAGUGGAAGAAAAAAGCAUCUUGAUCUUCUCCAUUCUUUCCACUGAACUGUGUGAUAAAACAUCUUUGAUUUUACUGAUAUCUGAUAAUGGCUAAUUCCAGAUAUGUGUAAAAAUAUACACGACAAAUGUAAAGAUUUGAGCUAAAAACAUAACAACUAGUAGUAAUUAAAGUUUUAUAGAUAAAACAAUUAAAUAUGAUAAUACAGUGAUGUGUGCACUAUCUUUCGGCCAGCCAUCUACUGUUGGAAUAAAUUCAGUCAUACACACACAGAGAGGAAAGAUGGAUGCAUUAGUCUUGGAGAGAACUGCCUGUGGAGUUUCCCUGUGUGGUGUGAAUCUGUGUGAACAUUGGAGUGGACUUGCUGUGGAUUUUUUCUGUUUUUGGGGAGUGAAUUGGUGAAAACUGGUGCCAAAUUCCCUCUUCGAGCCCCCUCCAUUGUAUAGAAUCUAACAAUGCACUUUAGUCAAUUGCAAACAUGACACAUUUUUCCCUUCUUUAACUUUUCAGAAAUAUGUUUUUUUUUUUCUAUCACAUAAAACAGAGCACCUGUGGAUUCAGAAAACAGUCAAAUCUGCCAACAGUCAUCAGCUGUUACCCACCAAGAAGAGUAUAGAAACAAAAAAUGCCAGUUUUAACCAGAUCUUGUGGUAUUUUUAAGUCAUUCCAUACUGAGCGCUCUGUAUGACAGACCCAACCUCAUAAGUACAAACAGGCUACAGCACCUCAGCGUAGCCUUUCUCUCAGCUUUUCUUUCUUAUUUCAAGCCCACUGCAUUUCUGUUGUUUCCAUUAUUCUGUUACCUCAAGCAUUUCACUCAUAAAAACCGGCUAUAGUGAGUUCUCAUGCAUGCAAUCUUGUACUCUGACCAAAUUUUGCAGAAACGUCUGUGCAGACUAUAAAUGGGCAGUUUUCAUCAACAUUUCAGUUUCAGUGGAGAAUGCUUUGAGCUGUCUUUGCUGCAGGGUUUUAUCUGGAGAAAUUGAACCAGAGGUUUUACUUCAUGCUGUACUAUAUUAUCAAGACAUUAAUUUAUCCACCAUUGUUUUCAUUUUUACUAAUAGAUAAAAGUAUUAUUUUGUAUAUAGUCUAUUAUCUUAAACAAACAUAUUGCUGUAUGUUGAAUUGCAUUGCAGAUACGCUGUUUCUCAAAUUGUGUCUCAAUUGGAACAAAUUCUGCUCUGUUCUGCUGAGUUGACUUUACUGUCUGUAAAUAGGCCAAAUAAAUGUUGUAGAGGUUGAACUCUCUCUGUAGCCUCAUGUGAGCAGCCUGCUUUCUUUUAUUAGACUUUCAAUAAUAUCAGAUUUGUUCAGAUCUGCCCUCAACACAUCUGCCGGGGGAGGCGAAUUAGGAGCAGCGUUC